AUGUUCCGACGAUACGCUCUCGGCUUCUCAAACGUCGGCCGCCAGUUUUCCACAAUGGGCUCAGCAACACCUCUGGAAGAUGCCAUUCGCGCCAAGCUGACUGCAGCGCUCAGCCCUCUGUCGCUGGAAAUUUACAAUGAUUCGCACCUCCACGCCCACCACAAGGCCAUGGCAGGCAACAUCUCCAAGGAGACGCACUUCCGGCUAGUCAUUAUUUCCGAUGUAUUUGCCUCCAAGAUGCAGCCUGCACGCCAUCGAAUGGUCUACGCCCUGCUGCGAGAUGAAAUGGCCCUAGAGGGAGGCAUCCACGCUCUUCAGCUAAAGACUCUGACCCCUGAGGAAGAGAAGCGCCUGCAGAAGAAGAAGGCAGCGGAAGCAGCGGCCAAGGAGGAGAGCGCCAAGAAGCAGGACACCGCUACUACGGAAAAGAUGGAGCCUACAGAUGCGUAA